AUGCAAAAGAUUUCCACACUUAAAACUUUGGAGAAAACUGAACGAAUUUUUAAUAAAGUCAAUAAAAAAUUGCAGUUACGUACAUGGCUUGUUUCAACAUUUGACAAAGCAACGCACUCUGAACACGUUUCAGCACAUCUUUGCCCAAAGACCAGUUCCCAGCAGGCCUUAAGUGGUCAAGGGGUGCCAAGAAUCCCUGGGAAGUAUGCAAUAGCGGAGGGAUGUUGCAGAAAAAUUCAGAAUGGCCCCUCUAUGGUACUUAGACUUGGAACGCUCAAUGUUGGAUCACUGACUGGCCGCAGCAUGGAAAUCGCAGAAAUGCUCGAGCGUAGAAGGAUUGACAUCUGCUGCCUUCAGGAAACCCGAUAG